CAAGGCCAUGGCGAAGCUGUUGGUGCUCACUGUCCUGGGGCUGGGCCUGGGCCUCAUCAGGGAUUACCGGUCUUCUUACCGAACACGACUUAAUGCUGCUCGAGAAGUGAUACCAGUGGAACUUCUGAACUGUCAUUUAGUUAAAGGAAUAGACACUGGUUCUGAAGACUUGGAGAUACUUCCUAAUGGACUGACUUUCAUUAGCUCCGGAUUGAAAUAUCCUGGAAUAAAGAGCUUUGAACUCAACAAACCAGGAAAAAUCCUUCUGAUGGACCUGAAUGAGGAAGACCCAGCAGCGUUGGACUUGAAGAUCACUGGAAGUAACUUUGAUUUGACUUCAUUUAACCCUCAUGGGAUCAGCACAUUCACAGAUGAAGAUAAUACUGUGUACCUGCUGGUGGUGAACCAUCCAGAUUUUAAGUCCACAGUGGAAUUGUUUAAAUUUCAAAAAGAAGAAAAAUCACUUUUGCAUCUGAAAACCAUCAAACACGAACUUCUGCCUAAUUUGAAUGAUCUUGUUGCCAUGGGACCGGAGCAGUUCUAUGCCACAAAUGAUCACUAUUUUGCUGACUCCUACUUACGAUCCUGGGAGAUGUAUUUGGGUUUAGCAUGGUCAUAUGUUGUUUACUACAGUCCAAAUGACGUUCGUGUUGUGGCAGACAGAUUUGAUUUUGCUAAUGGAAUCAACAUUUCACCUGAUGGCAAGUAUGUCUAUAUAUCUGAAUUGCUGGCUCAUAAGAUUCAUGUGUAUGAGAAGCACGCUAAUUGGACUUUAACUCCAUUGAAGUGGCUGACCUUUAACACACUGGUGGAUAACUUAUCAGUGGACCCGGUGACAGGGGACGUUUGGGUUGGAUGUCACCCCAAUGGCAUGAAAAUCUUCUUCUAUGAUGCGGAGGAUCCUCCUGCAUCAGAGGUGAUCCAAAUCCAGAACAUUUUAACAGAUGAACCCAAAGUAACACAGGUUUAUGCAGACAAUGGCACAGUAUUGCAAGGAAGUACAGUUGCCUCUGUGUACAAAGGGAAACUGCUGAUUGGCACUGUGUUCCAUAAAGCUCUUUACUGUGAGCUGUAACAGGCCUCUCUGCAUCUGUGCCAUGGAAACU